GAACGAGAUUUGUCACCUGACUCGGCUCAAACAUGGCUUCACUGGAAGAUGUACAGAUUUGGGCACCGGGAGCGGGAGAUAGUCCACAAAUGAGAAAAAAGCCGAUGUGUUUUGUGUAAUUCAUCUGUUUCUAUCUCCCUGCACUGUGUGCUGGGGAAAAUGCACCAUCCAUUUGGAAAAGAGGAAGCUGCUUCCCAGAAGCAGCUUUUAGGAUUUUUCUGUGAGUGCCUUCGGAGAGGAGACUGGGAACUGGCAAAGGCAUGCGUACCUCAGCUACACGAGGCACAAGGGGAUAUCCCAAAGAAGGUGGAAGAUAUACUUCGGGCGCUGGUCCUGUGUCCCAAUCAGCUGAGAUGUGGACAGGAUAUCAGUCCUCAAAGAUUAGCCUGGGUUUGGCUUCUUGUACUGGAAAAAUGGUUGGCCCUGGAAAAGAAGUUCCUCCCAGCUUGCUUCCGGAGAAAACUUGAGUUUCUUUUAUUGUCAGAAGACCUCCCAGGUGACAUCUCAGAGGACAUCCUCAAGGAGCUGUACGCAGUCUUAGCACACGACAGAGUGGACCCCGUGCUUGAUGGAAACCUCAGGCAGGAGAGCUGGCCCCCUCGGCUCAGCCCAGAAGCUGUCUCUGUGCUCUGGGAUCUCUUGAGGGAGGCCCCCCAGGUCGCACAGGCCCUGCUGGAGCUCCUGCUUGGGGAGGUUGAUGGCUCGGGCCUCCGAGGCUGGCCUCUGCAGAAAGCCCUGGUGGACCUCAUUCGAAAGGCACUGCGGACUUUGCGGGGCCCUACCACCGCGCCCCCAGGGACAGUUGGUGCCAUCUACGGGGCCCUGCGGACGCUGCGCUGCCCUGCAGAGCCGCCUGGGGCUGAGCUGCGUCUCCUGUGUGAGGAGCUGCUGGAGGCCUGCAGGUUGGAGGGGAGCCCCCUGCAGGAGGAGCAGCUGCUGGGCUGCCUGCUGCACAAGGCCGGGCGGGACCUGGUGUCCCAGUACGGCCGCACCUAUGCAGAGAAGGCCACGCCCUCGGGAAAAGUCCCACCGGAUCCUCUUGAUCCUGAGCGGGCAAUGCUAGCCUUGUUCUCCAAUCCUGACCCAGCCCACGCCUGGAAAUUGGCUUAUUUCUAUUGCCUGAGCAACAGCAAGCACUUCCUCGAGCAGAUCCUGGUGACAGCACUCGCCCUACUGAAGGAGGAGGACUUCCCAAGUCUUGGCUGCCUGCUCAGUAGAGAGUUCAGGCCUCUCAGCAGACUGCUUGUGCUCCUGGGCUGGACACACUGCCAGAGCCUAGCGUCAGCCAAGAGCUUGCUCCAGACACUCCAUGGGACCCAGGACCAAGGCUGUGAUAGGCUCCUGAGAGAUGCCUGCGAUGGGCUGUGGGCUCACCUGGAGGUCCUGGAGUGGUGUGUGCAGCAGAGCAGCAACCCCAUACCAAAGAGAGAUCUCUUGUGUCAUUUACAUGGUGGAGACAGCCACUCAGUGCUCUACUCUCUCCAUCACCUUACAAACCUUCCAGCCCUCAGGGAGGAAGAUGUUCUCAAGCUCCUACAGAAGGUGCCAGCCAAGGACCCCCAGCAAGAGCAUGAUUCAGCUGAUGCCCUGGUCCCCGCACACCUGAGCCAGAGUCAGAACCUGACUCUCUACCGGAGCUUCUGUGCCAUGAAGUAUGCCAUCUAUGCCCUGUGCGUCAACUCACACCAGCACUCCCAAUGCCGGCAGUGCAAAGACGGUCCCUCCGAGGACUUGGCCUCAGUUGCAGAACCCGUGAACGAUCCUGUCUCCUCCCCAGGGGCUUCAGAUCUCUUCGCAACGUACCUGGCCAGGUGUCAACAGUAUCUGUGCGGUAUUCCUGACUCUCUGUGCCUGGAACUUCUAGAAAACAUCUUCUCAUUGCUCCUCAUCACCUCUGCCGAUCUUCACCCAGAGCCUCACCUGCCUGAGGACUACGCUGAGGACGAUGAUGCUGAGGGGAAGGGCCCACUGGGUUUGAGGUCCCCGUCAGAGAGCCCCCAGCAUGUGGCACAGCCUGAGAGGAAGUCAGAACAGGGUGCCCUGGGCACUGCCAGGAGCCUGGCCUACACAGUUCCAAGCUGUCCGAAGCCAGAGCCAAAAGACAGUUCCCGGGAGCCUCACGGGCACAGCUUUUUGGACCUAAAGCACUUUACGAGCGGUGUCAGUGGGUUCCUGGCUGAUGAGUUUGCGGUAGGGGCCUUCCUCAGGCUGCUCCAGGAGCAGCUGGACCAGCUGAGCAGCCACAGCCCUCCUGAGAAGUCAAAGCUGCUGGAAGGCCAGAGCGGCUCGGGCGGCAGAGACGGGCUGCAGGGUCGCCUACACCAGUUCUCCAAGGUGCUCUCGGAGGCCCAGUGGAGGUACAAGGUGGCGACCAGCAUCCAGGGCUCAGAGGAACAACCCUCCCGAAGAUACCGACCCAUCACCACACGGCACCCCAGUCUCCGCCGGGGUCGUCGGACAAGAAGGAGCCGGGCAGACGACCGGGACAAAGGUUCCAAACCAUCCCUGGAAAAUACAAGUAGUGAACUGAGCACAAGUACUUCAGAGGGAAGUCUGAGCACUGCGUCUGGGAAGAAUGAGCUGGAGGGUCGAUUGCAACCCCAACCUCACAGUUCCCUCAUCCCCAUGAUGUUCUCCCCACCCGAGUCACUGCUGGCAUCCUGCAUCCUCCGGGGGAACUUUGCAGAAGCCCACCAGGUGGUGUUCACCUUCAACCUGAAGUCUUCACACAGUUCCGGGGAGCUGAUGUUCAUGGAGCGCUACCAGGAGGUGAUCCAGGAGCUGGCCCGAGUAGAACAUAAAAUCGAAAACCAGAACUCAGAUGGGGGUAGCAGCGCCAUCCGAAGAACAGGCAGUGGCCGCUCCACGCUGCAGGCCAUCGGCAGCGCUGCAGCCGCAGGGAUGGUAUUUUAUUCCAUCUCUGAUGUGACCGACAAGCUGCUCAGCACCUCUGGAGACCCCAUCCCCACGCUCCAGGAGGACUUUUGGAUAAGCAGUAGCCCGGUAGAGCUCACUGCUCCCCUGAAAGAGGUUCUGGAAGACCUCAACCCGCCCGCCAUGGCUGCAUUUGACCUGGCUUGCUCACAGUGCCAGCUCUGGAAAACCGGCAAGCAGCUCUUGGAAACGGCUGAACGGCGCCUUAACAGCAGCCUUGAGAGUCAGGGUCGCCGGCUAGACCACGUAUUCGUCAAUGCUGAUGGCAUUCGAGGCUUUCCAGGUGUUCUUCAGCAGAUCAGUAAGAUUCUCAAUUACCCGCUUGUGUCAGCCGGGCAAAUCAAAUCAGAGAGUGGAGAGGAUAAAGGAGGAGGUCCCCCACGGUGCAGCAUUGCUGAGCUGCUUCAGAUGUGUUGGCCCAGCCUCACGGAGGACUGUAUAGCCAGCCAUACCAGCCUCUCCCAGCAGCUGGAGCAGAUCCUGCAGUCGCUGAGAGAAGCACUGGAGCUGCCAGAGCCCAGGAGUACACCACUCUCCUCCCUGGUGGAACAGGUGGCCCAGAAAGCUCCGGAGGCCGAGGCCCACCCUGUGUAUAUCCAGGCUCAGCUCCUCCAGAAGAACCUGGGCAAACAGACGGCAGCAGGCGGCAAACAGACUGACUACAUGGGCACCUUCUUCAAGUACUGCAGCACCCUGGCUGCCGUUUUCCUUCGGAGCCUGGGCUCUGAGCCUGAUCACGUGGAGGUCAAGGUAGGAAACCCCUUUGUUCUCCUGCAACAAAGCUCUUCCCAACUGGUGUCACACCUGCUGCUUGAGCGACAAGUACCCCCAGACAGGCUGGCAGCCCUCCUGGCCCGAGAGGGUCUGACCCUGAGCGUGCCGCAGGUCAUUGUCAACUGCUGCUGCGAGCCCCUCACCCUCUGCUCCUCCAGGCAGAGCCAGCAGAUGUCAGCCUUUCUGACCCGUCUGGGCACGCUGGCCCAGCUGCACACCUCCCACUGCCUGGAUGACCUCCCACUUUCCACAUUGAGCUCCCCAAAGUCAACUGAGAACCCUGUACUGGAGAGAAAGCCCCCUUCCUCCCCGAGGGAUUCAUCACCCCCAGCCCUCACCUCCUCCGCCUUGGCCUUUCUGAAGUCCCGCUCAAAGCUGCUGGCUACCGUGGCCUGUCUGGGGGCUUCCCGGGGGUCAAAGGUCACCAAGCCCAGCUUGUCAUGGAAGGAGCUUCGUGGCCGCAGGGAAGUGCCUCUGACGGCCGAGCAGGUAGCCCGGGAGUGUGAGCGCCUCUUGGAACAGUUUCCUCUGCUGGAAGCCUCCCUCCUGGCUGCCUGGGAACCCCUCCGAGGGUCCUCCGAGCAGGGGCAGAGUCUGGCUGCGAGUCUCUGUGGCCAGGCCAGUCUCUCUACUGUCCUCCUGGGCCUCCAUUCUCCCACUGCCCUGGACGUGCUCACCGAGGCCUUCGAGGAAGCCCUGGUGGCUAGAGAUUGGCGCCGGGCCCUUCAGCUCACUAAUGUGUAUGGACAAGAUGUGGACGACUUGAGCAGCAUACAGGAUGCGGUCUUGAGCUGUGCGGUGGCUUGUGACAAAGAAGGUUGGCAGUACCUGUUUGCUGUGAAGGAUGCAUGUCUGAGAAGUCGGCUAACGCUGCAGUUUGUGGACCGGUGGCCUCUGGAGUGGUGCCUGGAGAUCCUGGCCUACUGCCUUUCAGACACAGCUGUCCAAGAUGGGCUGGAGUAUGAGCUACGGAGAAAGCUCGCGGAGCUGCAGGUGUAUCAGAAGAUUCUAGGUUUGCAGUCUACCCCCAUGUGGUGUGACUGGCAGGCCCUGAGAAACUGUUGUGCUGAGGACCCUUCGACUGUCAUGAACCUGAUUCUGGAAGCCAAGGAGUAUGAGUUGUGUGAGGAGUGGGGCUGCCUCUACCCUCUUCCAAGAGAACAUUUAGUCAACCUACAUCAGAAGCAUCUCCUCCACCUUCUAGAAAGAGGUGAUCAUGAAAAGGCUCUGCAGCUUCUACAAAGAAUUCCUGACCCCACCAUGUGCCUUGAGGUCACAGAGCAGUCCCUCGACCAGCACCCUAGCUUGGCCACUUCUCAUUUCUUGGCCAACUACCUCACCACCCACUUCUAUGGAGAACUGACCGCUGACCGACACCGUGAAAUCCAGGCACUGUACAUGGGAUCCAAGGUACUGCUGACCCUGCCCGAGCAGCACCGGGCCAGCUACUCCCACCUGUCCUCUAACCCCCUGCUCAUGCUGGAGCAGCUGCUCAUGAACAUGAAAGUGGAUUGGGCCACUGUGGCCGUGCAGACUCUGCGCCAGCUGCUGGCCAGCCAGGAGAUUGGCUUCACCGUGGACCAGGUGGACUCGCUGCUUUCCAGAUAUGCGGGAAAAGCCCUGGAUUUCCCAUACCCUCUGCGGGAGAAACGCUCAGACUCUGUGAUUCACCUCCAGGAGAUUGUCAGUCAGGCUUCAGACCUCGAGAGCUUGUCUAGGUCACCAUCAGCCGAGUUCUCUUCUGCUGCUGCUCCUGGUGUCCCCAUUGUACAUUCCCCAAGUCUGAGGGAGAGGAGCUUCCCCCAGAAUCAGCUGCCGCUGGAGUUUGUGCCCCCGGCUACACCCCCUGCCAGGCACCAGUGGGUCCCAGAUGAGAGUGAGAAUGUCUGUAUGGUCUGCUGCAGGGAGCGCUUCACCAUGUUCAACAGGCGUCAUCACUGUCGCCGCUGUGGCCGGCUGGUGUGCAGUUCCUGCUCCACCAAGAGAAUGGUAGUGGAAGGCUGCCGAGAGAACCCUACCCGCGUGUGUGACCAAUGCUAUAGCUACUUCAACAAAGAUAUACCAGAGGAGAAUCCAGGACAACCAGAAGCCCCAGACAGCUCCAAGAGUGAAAGCCCUCCGUAUUCAUCUGUGGUGAGAGUUCCCAAAGCAGCAGAGGUGGAAUGGAUUUUGGAUCUGAAUGAGGAGGAAAAUGAGCUGGUGCGGAGUGAAUUUUAUUAUGAGCAGGCCCCCAGCGCCUCCCUGUGCAUUGCCAUCCUGAAUCUGCACGAGGACAGUGUGGCCUGCGGCCACCAGCUGAUCGAGCACUGCUGCAGGCUGUCCCAGGGGCUCACCAACCCCGAGGUGGAUGCGGGGCUGCUCACGGACAUCAUGAAGCAGCUGCUCUUCAGCGCCAAGAUGAUGUUCGUCAAGGCAGGCCAGAGCCAGGACCUGGCCCUUUGUGACAGCUACAUCAGCAAGGUCGAUGUGCUGAAUAUUUUAGUUGCUGCUGCUUAUCGCCACGUGCCAUCUCUGGAUCAGAUCUUGCAACCGGCUGCGGUAACCAGGCUCAGGAACCAGCUCUUGGAAGCUGAGUACUACCAACUGGGUGUUGAGGUCUCCACAAAGACUGGCCUUGAUACUACCGGGGCAUGGCACGCUUGGGGCAUGGCCUGCCUCAAAGCUGGGAACCUCACUGCCGCACGGGAGAAGUUCAGCCGCUGCCUGAAGCCCCCCCUCGACCUCAAUCAGCUGAAUCAUGGCUCAAGGCUGGUACAGGAGGUGGUCGAGUACCUGGAGUCCACAGCGAGGCCACUCCUAUCUGUGCAAGAUGAUGAUUUCUUGGCCACCUUGAAAGAGCUGGAAGCAACCCUCCGGACCCAGAGCCUCUCUCUGGAGGUGAUUCCUGAAGGGAAGAUCCUGAACAACACCUACUACCAAGAAUGCCUCUUCUACCUGCAUAACUACAGCACCCACCUGGCCAUCAUCAGCUUCUAUGUGAGGCACAGCUGCCUGCGGGAAGCCCUGCUGCACCUGCUCCACAAGGAGAGUCCCCCAGAAGUCUUCAUAGAAGGCAUUUUCCAGCCAAGCUAUAAAAGUGGGAAGCUACACGAUUUAGAAAACCUUCUAGAAUCUAUUGACUCAUCCUUGGAAAGCUGGGGAAAGUACUUGAUUGCCGCCUGCCAGCAUUUACAGAAGAAGAACUACUACCACAUCCUGUAUGAGUUGCAGCAGUUUAUGAAGGACCACGUGCGGGCCGCCAUGACCUGUAUCCGGUUCUUCACUCACAAAGCAAAGACGUACACGGAGCUGGGAGAGAAGCUCUCCUGGCUGCUGAAAGCCAAGGACCACCUGAAGAUCUACCUCCAAGAAACCUCCCGGCGUAGCGGAAGGAAGAAAACCACCUUCUUCCGAAAGAAGAUGACGGCGUCCGAUGUGUCAAGACACAUGAACACCCUUCAGCUGCAGAUGGAAGUGACCAGGUUCUUGCAUCGCUGCGAAAGUGCCGGGACCUCCCAAGUCACUGCCUCGCCUCUGCCAACCCUGUUUGGAAAUAACCACAUGAAAAUGGAUGUUGCCUGCAAGGUCAUGCUAGGAGGGAAAAAUGUAGAAGAUGGUUUUGGAAUUGCAUUCCGUGUUCUGCAGGACUUCCAGCUGGAUGCCGCUGCUACCUACUGCAGGGCACCACUCCACGAGGCCCCGGCUCCCAUGCCGGGGGCCCCCUCUGUUGCCCCCUCUGCCUCACGACUGCUGUGUCUCUGUCCCGCACAGGAGCUGGAGGGCCUGAUCCAGGCGAUACACAGUGAUGACAACAAGGUUCAGGCCUACCUGACGUGCUGCAAGCUGCGUUCCGCCUACCUGAUCGCCGUGAAGCAAGAACACUCUCGGGCCGCGGUCCUAGUCGAGCGGGUGCAGCAGGCCGCCAAGAGCAGCGGGGACGCAGUGGUGCAAGACAUCUGCUCCCAGUGGCUUCUGACCAGCCGCAGCCGGGGUGCCCAUGGUUCGGCCUCCAGGAAGUGACCCUGGGCUGCAGGACCGGACAGCUGUGGGGCAGGAGUGAUGGGCACCCUUCCGGCCCUUUCCUCCUGUGGGGCAGGACUUCCCUGGCUCCACCCCAGGUUCGAAAGAGCUGGAAUUGGAGCCGACCUGCCAUCUUGAGCAAAGAUAGGAAAUCUUUCACGCAAGUGCCAUGUUUCUGUAAAAUUGUGGGGUCUGUGUGUGUUUGUCUGGAGAUGGCCAGUUCUUUCUACCUCAGAGUGAGUGUGUGUGUGUGUGCACGCUCUUCACGCUCAUGUUUACGCUCAAGCAUUUCUGAACAAAGCUCUCCCCCACUGCAAAGAGGCACUUUACUUUCGACUUCUGCCUGUCUGAAAACCUUCCUGCGUUUUUGGUUCUUAACCCGGGUUCAUCCUGUUUGUACACAGUCCCCUUGGUGUGGAGACGUUCCAGAAGCUUCUCAUGACUACAAGGCUUUUUGACAGAAUGAUGGAGCUGCAUCAGAAGGUUUGCCUGUUUUCCCCUCCUUCCCGUCCCCAGAUGCAGAGAUGGCUUUGGGGCAGGUGCUUCCUGUGGUGUGAAACCAUUCUAAGCAUCUCUCCUCUCAUAAGCACAAGAGUUACUGUGAGUCUUUGGAAGGUAGUCUGAACAGAAGGAUCCUCAGGUGCUGGCAUCUGAAAGCUGUGGAUGCCUGGACACCUGAUGGGGUCUGGAACCCCAGACACGGGCAGGAGGGGUGCCAUCAUGUUCAUCCACAGGGAGAGAAAGGGGAACCUCUCCAAACAGCAUUGCAGGAGAGUUGUCUACAAGCACAGAACUGGCUUUUGUCAAUAUUCCUGCUGCCAAGUAAGAGAACAUGGCUUCCUCUUGGAGAGUCUGGGAGAGAAACAGUAGCCAAGGUCCUGGGACCAAAUGGCUAGACUUUGCCUGUUUCAGUUACAGUCCUAUUUAUGCCCCUUAAAUUGGUUAGAAAAUCACUUCCUCUUUCCACCUGCUUCUCCCAGGACAGAAGGGUGGACAUGCAGAGACCCGGGGUCAUUGAGAAGGCAGUGCGUUUCUUUGUCUUAACGGUGGGAGUCAAAGGUUCACUGUAAAGUUGGGCCUGAGGACAAGAGUUAAACAAGGGGAUGAUGACAUAAGGUCAUGUCCAGUUGGUGAGCAACCAAAUGAAGUGCUCCUUUAAUUAGUGUGGGCCUGUCUUCCCACUGGAGAUGUGGCAAGCUUCUGGAAAAGGUCUGCCCUAGUCCGUGAUGUGAAUUUGCAAACAAGGGGUGUGAAAAGAGCUCCACAGCUGCAAGCCUCCCACCAGCCAGAGCUCAGCCCGUCCACCUCACAGGGGCUGCUGAGAGGAACGGAAGCUAGAAGCCCAAGUCAGUAUCUCUGGUGCUUAGAGACCCUGCGGAUCUCCCUCUGAACAAGGUUUUUUAAAUAAUGAACUAAGCAAUUCUAAGAGCAUCUGUAGAAGUUCUGGUCCUCUGAGGGAGGGAAGAAAUGGCAAAGAAAAUACUAGACUCCUUUAUGGGGAAGUUGGACAAGUGGCAUUUUUGUCUUUGAGUUGUAGAAUGCAUCUGUCUCCCAGGAAACGUUCUUCCCUGGCAUCUGCUUGCCCUUCUAAGUCUGCCCUUUUUGCACUGAACUUGAGCACUUUAUAUUAAAUGGAUUGCAAAUCUUACAGCCAUUAAUUUGAGAUGUUAAGACCAGAUUUUCCUGACAUUUUCCUCUAACUAAUUGAACCUGUAAAAUAGCAACCAUUGACUAGACUGACGUAAGAUGAGGCUAAGGGCCUUUGGGCAUCAGGCUGUGGUCUCCAGCAAAACAAUUAACUAAGGGCAGGUUGACGGGUUGAAUGUUUGACUAUAAGCAAGUCACAAUAAAAUGUCUGUCCUACAA